AUGCUCAAUGCAGCCUCUAAGUGGUUCCGUUCUCUCUUUUCACAUUUCCAACCCAUUUUACUUGUAUUUUCUUCAAUAUCCCACCUUCACACGCACCCAUUCUACUUUGCCCGCAAUCAUGAACUUGUUGAUUACAUCGACGCCUUCUCCCAAAGUUGCCUCACUCUGCAUCAAGCUCGCCAGCUUCACUCCCAAUUGCUUCUCACCGCUGGGCAUCGUUUACCCUUCUUAGCCGCCAGGCUUAUAGCCCUUUACGCCCGCUUUGGCUUUCUUUCUGACGCUCGCAAAGUGUUUCAUGCAAUCCCAGUUGAGGGCCUCCAUCAUCUUCUUUUGUGGAACUCCAUUAUCAGAGCCAAUGUCUCUCAUGGCUACCAUCAACAUGCGCUUCAACUUUAUCUUGAUAUGCGAAAGCUUGGAUUUUCGCCCGAUGGGUUCACUCUUCCCUUGAUAAUACGGGCUUGCUCGUCUCUGGGUAGUUCUGAUUUCUGCAGGAUUGUCCAUUGUCAUGCUUUGCAACUGGGAUUUCAAAAUCACCUUCAUGUUGUCAAUGAACUCGUGGGUAUGUAUGGGAAGCUGGGGCGAAUGGAGGAUUCCCGCCAACUGUUUGAUGGAAUGUCUGUUAGAAGUCUCGUCUCGUGGAACAUUAUGGUUUCGGGUUAUGCUUUCAACUGUGAUUCUCUCGGUGCUUCUGCGAUUUUUUAA